AUGGCAAAACUCACUGACGAUGCCGACUACGAUGCCUGCGAAACGUCUGGGAAUGUACCACGUCGACAGUCCGACUUUGAAAAUGAUUAUGCAUACAAUGGACUCUGGAAUAGGUGCAUUCCAUUAGGUCUUCCUACCAAUAUGAGCAAACGCCUUGGUAUGAUCGAUGAGUCAGGGUUGUUCACGCUGCACAGACUUACCAUCGGUCUUGGCACACUAAAUUCUCGAAUCUCCCAGCCUUCUCAAAGUGCAGAUGAAGACAUCGUACGUACGGAAGAUGAUAAGACAAGUGAGGCGUUCAGCAAAUUUAGCAGAAAGGACGUUUGGGACAUACGAUUUGCGGAGGACAAUCCGCGUCUGUUCUGCAUUAUGGAUAAGACACGGCUUUAUAUUUACGAGGAUCUUGAGGCGGAGCCAGCUGUCCAGACUUCUAUCUAUAUAUGUUCGUUUAGGGAUCUUGAAGUUAAGGGAGUCCUUCUUGAUGAUCUAGUUCGGCAUAGCCAGCACCCAGAACUCGACUGCUUGGUUGUCACCUCUACGAAAGCAAUUAUAGCGGCAUUUGCUCUAUAUUUCAACUUGUCUUAUGCAUAA